CAUACUGACGAUUUCAGUGAGCAGGGUUCUUACAAGUUAUUCCGGCUUUCUUACGCAACACAAUUGCUCAGACACGAAGUGCCGAAGAGAUAUAGAUGGGGAUGUCCAACGGAUCCUGGCUUUUGAUAACUUUCACUUACUUAUCCCUGCCUUCCUCUCUCUUACGCUGCCUGUAAAAACUUGAGAACGCACACAGAACAGCGGUCUCCACAUAGAGGACGGAGUAUGGCCGCACAUAGGAGCCGUUCAAGUUUUUUAUCUCUCGUCAACAAAGGGACCGUUUCAUUUAGGAAAGACUGUUACCAAAGAGGUGUCCCUGUGCAUUUUAUACGAACAGUAUCAAGCACAGGCGCGAAGAAGAAAGAGUUACUGCCGCACUUAAGCUCAACUCUUGCUGGUCGCUCAUAUACAGAAUUGUACGAGCUGUCAGUGAAGAAUUCCGAGAAAUUUUGGGGAUCAAUCGCUAAAGAGAGAUUAACAUGGACCAGACCAUUCGACCAAGUGAAGGACUGUGAUAUUUCUAAAGGAAGAAUCAACUGGUUUCUUGGAGGACAACUGAACGUCUCUGUGAACUGUUUGGAUGUUCACGUUGCGAGUCAUCCCGAUAAACUCGCCCUGGUGUGGGAGAGAGAUGAACCUGGCACAGAGGUUAAAGUGACCUACAGGGAGCUGUUGGAGACUACAUGCCGGUUGGCCAACACUCUCAAAAGCCAUGGGAUUCAGAAAGGGGACCGAGUGGCCAUCUACAUGCCCGUGUCGCCCAUUGCAGUGGCUGCCAUGCUGGCCUGUGCUCGCAUUGGUGCGGUGCACACGGUGGUGUUUGCUGGCUUCAGCUCAGAGGCUUUGGCAGGGAGGAUCCAAGAUGCCCAGUGCAAGGCCGUGAUCACGUGCAACCAGGGCGUGAGGGGGGGACGUGUCAUCAACCUGAAGCCCACUGUGGAUGCUGCUGUGAAGAGCUGCCCAUCUAUCACACAUGUGUUUGUAGCUCAGAGGACCACUAACACAGUCCACAUGGGGGAUCUGGACAUUCCACUGGAGGAGGCUAUGGCCAAGGAGUCCGCCGAGUGUCCUCCAGAGCCAAUGGGGAGUGAAGACAUGCUCUUCAUGCUCUACACCUCAGGGAGCACGGGCAAGCCCAAGGGUAUCGUCCACACACAGGCCGGCUACCUUCUCUACGCGUCUCUCACGCACCAGUAUGUGUUUGACUACCAACCGGGCGAUGUGUUUGGCUGUGUGGCAGAUAUCGGCUGGGUGACUGGCCACAGCUAUGUUGUGUAUGGACCAUUAUGCAACGGUGCUACCACUGUGCUUUUUGAGAGCACACCUGUGUACCCAGACCCAGGGCGAUACUGGGAGACUGUGCAGCGUCUGGGGAUAAAUCAGUUCUAUGGCGCCCCGACAGCCGUCCGCCUGCUCCUGAAGUACGACGAGAGCUUUGUGAAGAAGUAUGACCGCUCCUCGCUGAAAACCCUUGGCUCAGUUGGCGAGCCAAUCAACCAUGAGGCCUGGGACUGGUUCUACAAUGUGGUGGGGGAUGGCCGAUGCCCCCUAGUGGAUACUUGGUGGCAGACGGAGACGGGCGGUGUUUGCAUUUCCCCUCGGCCUGCCGAGGAGGGAUCAGAAAUUCGGCCUGCCAUGGCGAUGAGACCUUUCUUUGGCAUAGAGCCAUCCCUCAUGGGAGAGAAGGGACAAAAAAUCAUAGGAAAUGAUGUCACUGGAGCACUUUGUGUCAGUCAGCCAUGGCCUGGAAUGGCCAGGACCAUAUUUGGAGACCAUGACAGAUUUGUGGAUGCAUACUUUAAGCCAUAUCCUGGUCAUUACUUCACUGGUGACGGAGCUUACCGGUCAGUAGAGGGAUACUAUCAGAUCACAGGACGAAUGGAUGAUGUGAUCAACAUCAGUGGUCAUCGCUUAGGCACAGCAGAAAUUGAAGAUGCCCUGGAUGAACACCCAGAAGUACCUGAAACUGCUGUCAUAGGUAUUUCACAUGAUAUCAAAGGAGAAGUGCCUUUUGCUUUUGUGGUCCUGAAAGAGACUGCUGGUCUGGACCAUUCAGCUGUUGUUAAACAACUGAAAGACCUGGUGGCCACUAAGAUUGCCAAAUAUGCAGUUCCUGAUCACUUUUUGAUAGUGAAAAGGCUGCCAAAGACCCGGUCGGGUAAAAUUAUGAGACGCAUCCUCAGGAAGGUGGCCAUGGAGGAAACAGAAAAUCUAGGUGAUGUGUCCACCCUGGAUGACCCCUCAGUUGUCAAGGAGAUUAUAGACACUCACAUUCAGUAUAAGAGCCAGCUGUCGAAGAAGAAAUGAAGGAAGAAGGAACAUGCAAAGCUUUCCUCCAGAGAAAGAAAUUACUUGCGCACAAUUUUAAUCGUGUGUACCAGGAGUACCUUUAAGAAAAGUAUGUAACACACACAUUUUCAGUAUAUACAACUGCAGGUUUUUAGUCAUAAUUUUUAACCAAAUACCAGCAAAUCUUCCGAUCAAAACAACCAGUAGAUAUCCAACAGCAUCCAUACCAUCAGUUGGGAUACUGUACAUUUUUGAUCGAUGGAUUACUAAUGAGCACCUAGCCUUUAUAUUUGAAUUGAACUUUGGUGUUUCAGAGUUAUCCUUAUAAUUCACUAUGCAGUAAUCCAGUAAUGUUUAACUAUUUUUGAAUGCCAUCAUUUUCUUUUUCUCUAUGUAGCCUACACAUUCCGGGUUAUCUUGACCUCAGUGAAUCUACAGUAAUGAUGAUAGGCUUACAGGGGAGCUACACCAGACGCGUAACUGAAGCGUUCCGUUCGCGACGCGUAUGUUGCAGCUGGUCGCAGCAGUUAAUUAUCACUGUAGUCAAUGGAAGUAGCUACACGCAACAGUGACGCGUACAUUCGAAAAAAAUAGACCCAUCUUCUAAAAUGGAUUUUACACGUGUCGAACGGAACGCUUCAGUUACGCGUCUGGUGUAGCUCCCCUGUUACUGUAAACACUUGAAUACGAAUUUUGACUCUGUGGAUCAACUACAUUUUACUGUAUGAAGUAUUGUAAAGAAUAUGAGAUUAAUCUAAAUGUCUAAAAACCUGCUGUGGACAGUUAUAGGCCCACAGACCUUUUCACUGAAAACAGUAUUAGGGUUUUGUCGUUUUUACGUUUUUGCACAUAUUUCCCUUGCCACUAUUUCUGUAUGCCUUAUGAUGUUCUGUAUUAUUUAAAUAAAAUGUAUUGAAAUCA